GCUGAGCUAGCCGGCCCUCGCUCCGCCGCAGAUGACUCCGGAGCUCAGGCCCAAGCGCCGCCCAUGCAGCAUCCCUGAGCUCCGCCGAACCAGAGUUAAUGAAAAAACAUUUAACCGUCUCCGCGGCGGGGAGCCAUGAGCUGUCUGGAUGUUAUGUACCAAGUCUAUGGUCCUCCGCAGCCUUACUUCGCAGCCGCCUACACCCCCUAUCACCAGAAGCUAGCCUAUUACUCCAAAAUGCAGGAAGCCCAAGAGUGCAAUGCUAGCCCCAGCAGCAGUGGCAGUGGCAGUGGCAGCUCCUCAUUUUCUAGCCAAACCCCAGCCAGCAUAAAAGAGGAGGAAGGCAGCCCAGAGAAAGAGCGCCCACCAGAGGCAGAGUACAUCAACUCCCGCUGCGUCCUCUUCACCUAUUUCCAGGGGGACAUCAGCUCCGUGGUGGAUGAACAUUUCAGUAGGGCCCUGAGCCAGCCUAGCAGCUACUCCCCGAGCUGUACCAGCAGCAAAGCACCAAGGAGCUCUGGUCCCUGGCGAGACAGCUCCUUCCCGAUGAACCAGCGCAGCUUUCCCGCCUCCUUCUGGAACAGCGCGUAUCAGGCACCAGUACCCGCACCUCUGGGCAGUCCUCUGGCCGCGGCUCACUCUGAGCUGCCCUUCGCCACCUCAGACCCCUACUCUCCCGCGGCGCUGCAUAGCCACCUGCACCAGGGCGCAGCCGAGGCAUGGCACCACCACGCGCACCCGCACCACGCACAUCCCCACCACCCCUACGCGCUGGGCGGCGCCCUUGGCGCCCAGGCCGCUGCCUACCCGCGGCCCACCGCUGUGCAUGAGGUCUACGCGCCGCACUUCGACCCUCGCUAUGGUCCUUUGCUGAUGCCCGCCUCCUCCGGGCGCCCGGCCCGUCUCGCACCAGCUCCGGCGCCCGCGCCGGGCAGCCCACCUUGCGAGCUCUCCGCAAAGGGCGAGCCAGCUGGCGGCGCGUGGACCGCGCCCGGGGGGCCCUUCGUGAGCCCCGCGGGGGACAUGACCCAGGGCCUGGGCCUCAGCGUGGACUCAGCUCCUCGUUAUUCCCUCUGUGGUGCAUCCCUUCUGAGCUGA